CCAUGCUAAUCUUUUCUGUAUCAUUCCAAUUUUAACGGAUGUCCCGGAGGACUGAAUGCAAAUUUACGGAUAGGGAAGGAGAAGGGAGUGCAAGAAGCACGGAGAGGUGGAGCAGGACGAGAAUGAGAAGCAAUCAGAUGACGCCCAUUAUGGCGCUUCUGUUGGUUUUCAUAGCGUUCAGCUUCUUCGAAGCGACACGUGGCACCCCUGCCGUCAAUGGCGUGAGGUAUGGGGACAAGUUCUUCUGCUUUCACGGCUUCAAGCAGUGUCAUGGUGGGAUCGAGCAGUGCAUUGAGCCCAGCAGAGAGUGCGAUGGCGUGGAGGACUGCAUCGACGGUUCCGAUGAAGGGACGCGGUGCGCCUUCUUUGAUUGCCCCUCUGUCGAGAGAUACGACUGUCCAAGCGGAGCCAGUUUCUGCAUGAAUGUCAGUGAUGGCAACGGCUACUGGCGCUAUCCUUACCAAGACCCGUACAAGUACUACCUGUGCGACGGGAUCAACGACUGUGCGGACGGAUCGGAUGAGGACCCGGGGUUUUGUGGGACGUACGACUGUGCGGCGAACGUGUCGCACCGGGUUGUGGAGUCGAGGAUAGGCUGGUCGAGACCUCCACCCCCGAGAAGGAUGCCAUGUCCGGGAGCUGGCAGCACGAACAGCAGUCGCUGCGUCCUGGAGUCGAACCUGUGCGACGGUGUGGCACACUGCCCGGGGGCGAGCGACGAGAGCGAUAACCUCUGCAAGCAGCGCGGCUGUGCGCGAUCCAAGCAGGGGAACGCGCACUUUCAAUGCCCCAGCGGCCGAUGCCUGGACAGGAAUCUUUUGUGCGACGGCAAUCCGGACUGCCCUGACGCGAGCGAUGAGGGAAGUUGGUGUGCCACAGCGGAAUGUCCGGAUCCGGAUGGGAGAGUGAAGUGCCCAGGUGGCGACAACCAGACCUGCAUUUUCAAGGGGAACUUCUGCGACGACGUGCCCCAUUGCCCCAACGGAACGGACGAGGUCGGGUGCGACACCUAUCCGUGCUAUUUUGGCCGCUGCCCAAGCGGGAUUUGCGCUUCGCAGCCGAAGGCCAGGUGCGAUGGCAUCAAGGACUGUCGGGAUGGCUCAGAUGAGGACCCCGAGUUCUGCAGGACGAGAUGCUCCGCCUGCAAGGAUGGGCGACAGUGCACAGCAGAGUCGACAUGGUGCGACGGUGUGCAGGAUUGCGAGGAUGGGUCCGACGAAGAUCCGGCCUUCUGCGCGUCGCAGGAGGCAUGCCCCGAGUCGCCGUUCUUCAGGCUGGUUAAAUGCCCUGGGCAAGCGAGAACUUGCAUCUACUCCGCAUUUAUAUGCAAUGGCAUAGAGGAUUGUCUUGACGGCAGCGAUGAGAACGCGACCUUCUGCGCAUCCGCAGAGGCGGGCAGGAUAAUGGAGGCUUCUUCGCGAAUUAGAUGCAGUAGCGAUUGGACAGAGGUCAUCUCAGGCUCCUACUGCGAUGGCAACGAAGAUUGUGCAGAUGGAAGCGAUGAGAAUGCCAGCUUCUGUCAAAGCUACACGUGUCUGCCGCACAAGGUCAAAUGCUAUGGCACCUGGUGUGUAGAUGGAGGUAGAUGCGAUGGGAGACGGGAUUGUCCCGACGGCUCUGACGAGGCCGGAUGUGGAAAUCUGUUCACAGUGUCCUUAGCCGCUCCUUCUUCGAGCCCCUGAAGAAGGAGAGGCGAUGAGGUGGUAGCUAUGUGGGAAGCCGGGCCCAAUUCCCGCUAGAGAGGGGGGGGGGUACUUCGUUCAGAAUUCUAGUACGGUGUGACAUGAGUGACAAACUAUUGCCAUAUGGAUCCAACGCCCAGAUAUACUAUACUAUUAGGGGGUUUCGAAGAAUUCAAUAAAAUGUAAAAGAAUGU